UCCAAUCAUUUAUGUCUAUUUCAGGUUUUAUACCCGGUCACUGCACAUCGAUGGAUGUCGAGGUUGGCAAGCAUUACGUGCUGUUUCUAAAGGGUAAACAAGAAGGUGAUGAUUUUUAUGAGCAAAGUCCCGGUCAGACUGCUGCCCCUAAAAGUAAAUUGAUGGACUACUUGAACGUCUGCGACCUGUUUAUGGAAUAUCCGCAAGAAAAUGGGUUCCCUCUCAAGCGCAAAGUUUGUCCAGAAGUGAGCAAGAUUUCACCAUGUAAGCGUCACAAGGUGGACGGUGAUCCCAAUGGCACAGCAGCGACGACGAUGACGUCAUUAAUUACUAUUUCUUUCUGUGUUCUAGCUCAAUUAAUGUAACAUCAACAAAAUAUUUGAUGCAUUGCUUUAUAUUUUGUUAUUUCUUCAUAAGCGAUUUUGUAUUUUGAUACUUAUUUUAUCUAGAGUUUAGUACAGUUCAUAUUUCGCUCAAAUGGUUGAUAUUUCUCAAAGCUGUCUGUAAUAUUACUUUUUUAUUUCUUCAUUAAAGAGAGAUUACUCUUAAUUAACGAAUGAUUAUUCAUUAAAUGCCUUUUUUAAACUUUUAUUUCUAUUUCCAGUAAAAAUAUUUAAAUUUGGUGUCCAAAAAGUUACUCAUUGGCCAAUCACCUGAGCCAUCUUUUAAAUCUGUUCCGUUGUAGCAAUUAUUAUUAGUACUGUUAUACUGAAUAAGUAUUUUGUAUGGAAAUCAGAAUACUACUUGUCUACAUUUUGCGACUUUUGUGACAAAAUUGAGCCGUGUCACGACAAAACCAACAUUAUGGGUUUGCGACCAGAAUGGAUCCAGAUCAGCCUGCGCAUCCGCGCAGCCUGAUCCUGAUCAGGAUCCAUGCUGUUCGCUAUCAGUUUCUCUACUUGCUAUAUGGUUUGUAAGCGAACAGCAUUUAUCGUUUCUUUCCUCAGAUAACAAGCAUCUAACAUUCGUUAAAACAGAUUAUUGAAACAUUAUAAAAUCGAUGCCCUUUCUAAAGAAUUAAAAAAAAAUAUUUGUUUGCCAGGCACAUUGUGCCUUUAAUAGAUGUAUUGCAAUUUGAUCAAAUUAGCAGAUGGACAGAUUGAGUAUUUUGAGAGGUUGAUACUGUGCCAUGGAAUCGAGCGAUUAUCACUGACAGUUUAUAUCAUAAUCAUUCACAUACAUAUCUUAAUUUACUUAUUUAUCUAGUUAGUGUUUUACCGAAAUAUGACGUAAAUGGCGUCGGAGUUACAAUUGUUGUAUAUUGUUGUAUUUGAUUUGUUCCGCUUGAUUAGACCCGUUCAUCAAAAUUUUGCCUAGAUAUUUCUAAUUCAGGCUUCGUGAAGAAACAUGUCUUUGACAAAAACUUCAAGCUCAUCGAUUAAAGUAUUUACUAUGCACAAUUGACUCUCGGUAUCUCAAAUUUCAAGGGCCGGGUAUUUUACUUCGAGAUAAACGAAAUUCGAGAUACUAGGAGCUAUUGUGAUGACGUUUAUGUUUAUAUCUAAUUCUGUACAGAUUUACAUCAUUGCGUAUUGACUUGUGCUAAAAUUCAACAAAUUCAGAUAAGACUAUUUCGACCAAAUGCCGUUUACAAUUACUAACGCAGCCGUUCUUAUCCGAAGUUUGACGGAAAGGACAAAGAAGUUGUGAUUGGAUUAAAACAUAAACGUUAACAUCAUAACUUGCUUGGCUUAAUUUUUAUUAUUAUCAUACUUUAAAUUUUAAUGAAAAAUACAAUCACGUUUUUUAGAGUUUAUUAUUAUUAUUAUUAUCACUGUCUGCAAAUCGGAUGUUAUGAUAUUCGGCUAACACUUCUCAUUGUUUAUUCUUGAGAUCUUAAUCAUCUGAAGUGUUUACAUAAUAUACGAAUACAAUCAUGUUACACUAAAAUAAAACAAAUAUGUAUGCUCUCAUGAAAUGGAAUGCAUGCUAUAUUAUUAAUAUAUACGUUCAUAACGCUCUAUGUUAGACGCAUAAUGUAUUGUAUGAAAUAAAAUAUUAAACAAUAAA